GGCUGCGGGAGACGGAGGAGAUGCUCAGCAAGAAGCAGGAGUACCUGGAGACCAGGAUUGAACGGGAGCUCGCACUGGCCCGGCAGCACGGCACCAAGAACAGGCGAGACUCUGCCCUUACUUAGACUCAUCCUACCAGGCUGUCUUUCCUUUUCUGAAAUCUUGGAAAUGGGCAACGCUCUCUUUCAGUGUCAUUCUCAGAGCUUCAGUAAAGUAAGUUGAUGUUCUCCUCAAUUUUUCAUUUAAAAAAUUAGAGAUUAUAUUUCAGUUUAUUAUGCAGUAGCAUUUCUGUGAAGCAUUUAAAUAUUGUGCUUGCAAGAAGUAGUACACAGACUUAAAAAUGCUUGUGUGUAUAGUGGAAAAUUACUUAAAAGUAUAUUUAAUUACAAUCCAUAAAACAGAAAAAACAGAUUUCAAGUAACAGUGAAAUUCUCUUAUUUUAUCUGUAGGGGCUGUAAUUACAGAACUCUUCAAUUAAGGGCAUUCAUUUAAUAUAAGUGGAAAGAUGUUGUAUUAUUGUGUUGGAAUAUGUCACACCUGGGUUGAUAAGGAAAGAGUAUGAAUUGAUUUGCUAACACGAGCUUUGUUCUGUAAGUCACUGAAAAGCCACUCUAAGGUCUCCCCAGAGCCUUUUCUUCUCCAGCCUGGAAGCUCCCAACUCUCUCAGUCUGCCUUCAGAGGAGAGAGGUGCUCCAGCCCUCUGACCAUCCUUGUGGCCUCCUCUAGACUUGCUCCAAAGGCUCCAUCUCCUUUUUAGGAUGGGUGCCCCUGACCUGAACAUAUUACUCCAGAUGGGGCCUCACAGGAACAAAGGACAAUACUUCCCUAUUUCUGCUUGUUUCCCAACCUGUACUCAUGCUUGGGACUGCAAAGCUUCAGACUGUGUCCCAGAAGCUGGCUAAAUGCUGAAUUUCAAUACCGAGUUAAUCUGUUUUGAUUGUGGUUUGCUGUCCUCAUACACUUUACCUUAGAUUCCAAAGGCGCUGUACUUCAGAGUCUGUGGGAAUGCUUGUCCUUGUGCAGCUAAUGAUGGCAAUUUUGACUAUGUCAAAUUCAAGCACAAGCAGUAAGUAGAUAUUUUAGGGUAUCCUUGCUUUAUUUGGAGAACUGGAUACCCCAAUGUCUAGAUUCAUUGUUUUUUUACACAAGUAAACAGAACACCAACAGUAAUUGCUUUUUUCCACUGACUGGGGACUGCAGUUGCUUGCUGGCUCUGAACAUGAUUGAAAAAUUGAAUAUAACAGGAAAAAAGACACGGCUAUUAACUGGCUUUGAAAAACUAAUAGUCUCUCUCUCUUUUUUUUUCCCUAAGUCAGAACUUAGUCUCUUUUGUAUGCUUUAUCUUGCCUGGCACAUGUCGGGUUUGGAAGGAAUACUGGUCAGGAAAUGCUUGUGGCAAGAUUGUGUGUUCCACACCCAGAAACUGAGUGAAAGCCCUUUUCUCCUUCUGUUUGUCACAUGCAUUUAUACAGAUCUUCUGUAGAGGAGGAAGAAGCUGUUCUUGCCUGUUCUAAAAGGAUUUAACCUAAAAGAGGCUUCCCAGCAUGUUCAUGCUUCUGCAUGUUGGUGAUAAACAGGCUGCUGAUCCGAUGUGGUCAAACUUUGCCUCUCUUCUAGUAAGGCAGGAAGCUGCCUUACAAGCACUGAAGAGAAAAAAGAGAUAUGAGAAGCAGCUGAGUCAAAUUGAUGGGACGCUCUCAACAAUUGAAUUCCAGAGAGAGGCACUGGAGAAUUCACACACCAACACAGAAGUGCUCAAGAAUAUGAGUUAUGCUGCACAAACUAUGAAAAAAGUCCAUGAAAAUAUGGACUUGAACAAAAUUGAUGACUUGAUGCAAGAUAUCACUGAACAGCAAGACGUGGCUCGGGAAAUUUCAGAAGCAAUCUCAAACAGAGCUGCGUUUGGUGAUGAGUUUGAUGAGGAUGAGUUGUUGGCAGAAUUAGAAGAACUGGAGCAAGAAGAACUGAACAAGAGAAUGCGAGAUGUCAGACUGCCAAAUGUUCCAUCCACAUCGCUACCUUCUCGCCCUGCUUCAAGCAGGAAGAGAGUGGAGGAUGAAGAUGACAUGAAGCAGCUAGCAGCCUGGGCUUCCUAAGGGCACGGUCUUUUCCCAGCAUUGAAUGUUAGUGUACAGAUGUCAAGAGCUAUAAUACUGUUGUAACCUUACCAAUUUACUGUGGUUCUAUUUCAUACACUUCUAAAAAAUGGCAUAUCUUUCUAAGAAUAGUGUGAUUUCCAUAUUAUAACCAAGCAAACGGAAAACAGUGAUUGCUGAAGCUUUCAAACUCAACAUUUAUUCCAACCUAGGCCAGAGACAUAUUGUUAUUAGUACCAUUUUUUAAUAGGUUAUGUCCUGUUGUUCUGUGAGACUUCAAUGUCUCACCUGUGCACACACACAACUGGAUGCAUUACUGCAAUGAAAAAGAUAAGUAAUGGAAGCCCCAUCCUAGGGGGUUGUGUGGUUCGAUCUGUUAGCCAAACAGCUUUAUACACAGGACCAGUGAGUUCCUUUGAGCCUGGGAGCUAGUGCCAUAUCAGUGUGUGGUAUCCAAAAUGCCUUUUUAACCCUUUCUGCCCAUCUAAACUACUUACAAAAUUGACAUCUUAUUGUCCAGCUACCAGCUUUUUAGUGUAAGGAACAGAUGCCACUCAGUACUAACCCACUAUGUAUAUAGAGAUGUCACUGUUAAAGUACAAAACAAAUUCAGUGUGCUGGCUUGUACAAAGAAAUUGUAUUUAAUAAGACUGAAGCUUUGUGGUAGGAGCUUGCUGUAAUUCACAGGGAAAUAGUAAAACGCUGUGGAGUUCCUAGGGAAGUGGGAGCAGAGUCACAUUGAUUUUUGUUUUCUUCUUUUCGAAUUGAUGUAAUUCUGUGAUGAUUGAACUACUUGGGGAUAGUGGGAAUCUUGCUUUCUGUAGAUUUGUAGCAACAGGAGACUGACCAGUUACCCUGGUGGGCUUUCACCUGUGAUUUGCUUUAAUAGCCUACAGUAGGCUCUGCACUGUGGUAUUUUUGGUUAAGCACAAGCUAAUGUGUUUCUGAUGUGGCAUUCUGACGUGCUCAGAACCUUUCAAAUUAUGUUCUUCAAAUGAAACCCAAGAUUUACUAACAUGUUUAAAAUUCCAGUUUUUCAGUACUUCGUUAUCUGCAGAGGAAUUGCUUUUGGUUUGCAGCCAUCUGAAAGCAGAACUCAUAGAAUCAACGUGUUACUGCAAACACUCUCUAUUACCUUGAACAUAUUUUACCAGAGGGCUGUGGAAGCAUAUAGUGUACCGUAACUGAUUGGUUAUUUAUUUUAAGAUUAUUUUCUUAGCAGGCAUGGGCAUUUGAAAGCCGAAUAGCUUUACAAAAACAUUGAUUAAGAAACAGAAGAGUUAAUAUAUAAAUGUCUUGUAAAUAAAUGUUUUGGUGCCAUGUC